ACUCAGAAGCAGCAUUUGUAAACAGGAAGCGUCGCUUGAAUUUACUCGAGUUUUUGGAAAAUUUCAAGGUACUAAAGCUCGUCAUGCGAUCAAAAAUGACUGGGGAGAUACUUGAAUGUACGGUGAUAACAGUGGUGUCAUUGUGCUGGUAGCUGCAUCAGAAGACGAGUCCUUGUCGCUUCUUGAGUGCCCUCCUGACAACUGGAACGCCUCAGCCGUCGUCGUCAUAUCCACCUCGACCAACUGCAGGAAGACGGACCUCCUGCAGACGCCUUUGCUCUUCAGAACGCCUUCGGUGGCCCUUCUCUGCCCCCACGCCCCCAGGAAGCCACACUCUCAGAGCAGGCCCCUCUUCCGGGUGUGGGCCUGGAAGCCGUUCGUCGCAGCCGACCACUUGGUCGACCUCGGCGACUGGAACCCGGGAGACUUUAGCACCUGGAAACGGCUCUUCGUCGACCGUUUCGACGACAUGACCACCAAGAUCGUCCAGGUAUUAGCACAGACGGUCGACAGGCCACUGUUCUACAGAGAUUCAGACGGGGAGCUGAAGGGGAUGAACCUCAAGAUACUGAGGGCGAUGUCCUCAGUACUCAGAUUUAGUCUGAAUGUGACCGGGAAACGUGGGAGUUGGACCAAUGUGCUGGAGCCUGUGAAGGAAGGCAAGAACGACAUCUUCAUCAACUUUGGGUUAAUGACUCCUGAGAGGAUGCGGGAAUAUCACGUGACAGUUCCCUAUCUUCUGGAAGGGUACGGGAUCAUGCUGGAGGUUCCUCCACUUCUUCCCAGGUGGAAAAACAUCCUGUAUCCGUUUGACUUGAACGUUUGGAUCGCCACGAUCGUGUCUGCCAUCUCCGCUUCGAUCGCCUACCAUCUCCUCUAUCGCCAGUACGAGAAGUCUCUCAUCAACAACGCUAUCUCCAUUUUUCAGUGCCUGCUGUCACGUUCGGCUGUUGUGAUGCCUGAGCCGUGGAGUAUUCGGUUGUUCUUUCUGAUAUGGUCAGUAGGUGCUUGGAUUCUGAAUAUCUGCUAUACGAGCAACCUCAUCGCCGUGCUCUCCAUCCCCGUCUUUCCCAAGAAGAUCGAGACAAUGCAAGAGCUGCAGAUAGCGAUUACAGGUAAGUAA